AUGAUGUCCACCCCACAAGGAGGACCGUCCCCAAAUGAAGGUGAAAGUGUCAUUGUAGUACCCAUCAACCCAACUUUCAGUGAUGGUGAUAGGGAAACCUGGCCGAAAGAUCCCAAAUAUGGAAUGCCGGAUGACUCCGUUUAUCGAGAGAAACUGGCGAAGCUUUGGCUGCAGAAGACGGGAGCAUAUAAACCUGGGAUGCAAUAUGAGCUCGACAGGUUACCAGAUGGUUAUGCCCUUCUUGAUAGACCGCGUAUGUCCAAGCCAGAUAUCCGUGAUAAAUUUCUCUGGGGUCACCCGGUCGGGCAAUAUUUCUUCUCGCCUAUACAAUUUUUCCCUCAUUUCUAUUAUCUAAUGACCGGUGGGACGACACCAUGUCCCUGCGCGCUUUGUGAAAAGUUAUCAAGCCGUCAAGAAGGACGGCGAAAACCUGGACGGCCUGUGGGCAGCUCCAGUUCUGUAGCGAGCCCGGUUGCAAGGCCGGCCGGUCGGAAGACCACCUGGGCGGCCACCGGGAAGACCUCCUGGGAGCUCAAUAGGAAGACCGCCCGGGAGACCACCAGGAAGGCCACCGGGAAGGCCACCGGGAAGGCCACCAGGAAGGCCACCAGGAAGGCCACCGGGGAGACCAACAGGGUUGACGAUGCGCUCUAUUCUCGACAGUGA